AUGGAGCCCGGGUCGAGGCGGCGGCGGCGCACUUGCCGCCCGCUGGUCUCCAUCUUCUUGCGCGACCCGGCCUCGGGGCGCGUCUACAGGCGCGGGAAGCUGAUCGGCAAGGGCGCCUUCAGCCGCUGCUACAAGCUGACGGACACGUCCACCAGUGCGGUGUUUGCCCUCAAAGUGAUUCCUCGUGGUGGGGACGGGGCUGGGCGGCUGCGCCCCCCGCGGCAAGGUAGGCCCCUCGCAUCAGUGCCCAGGAGUCCUGGGACCACAGCGGGUCUUCUGAGAGGCCUCUGCCCUGGGAAUGGGAGUUACGCCUGCGGGCAUGCAAACCUCAGGUGUGCGCACCUGCAGGGGGUGUACACGUGGGGCCCUGCCUGCAGGUGGAGCGCGAGAUCGCCCUGCAUAGCCGCCUGCGACACCGCAACAUCGUGGCCUUCCACGGACACUUUGCUGACCAUGACCACGUGUACAUGGUGUUGGAAUACUGCAGCCGCCAGGGUACCUGCCGGUCACCUGCAGUCACUGGCCCACGUGCUGGAGGCGCGGCAGACGCUGACAGAGCCGGAGGUGCGUUACUACCUGCGGGGCCUGGUCAGCGGCCUGCGCUACCUGCACCGGCGGCGGAUCGUGCACCGGGACCUGAAGCUCAGUAACUUCUUUCUGAACAAAAACAUGGAGGUGAAGAUCGGAGACCUGGGGCUGGCCACCAGGGUGGGACCCGGGGGCCGCUGCCACAGAGUGCUCUGCGGGACCCCAAACUUCCUGGCCCCAGAGGUCGUGUCCAGGAACGGGCAUUCCUGCCAGUCAGACAUCUGGGCUCUGGGCUGCCUCAUGUUCACCGAGCUGACUGGCGUUCCUCCCUUCGUGGCGGCGCCCCUGUCAGAGAUGUACCAAAACAUCCGAGAGGGUCGCUACCCAGAGCCUGCACACCUGUCUCCCAGCGCACGCCGCCUCAUCGCCCGCCUGCUGGCGCCCGACCCGGCCGAGCGGCCCAGUCUGGACCACCUGCUGCAGGACGACUUUUUCACGCAGGGCUUCACCCUGGACCGGCUGCCCCCGCACUGCUGCCACAGCCCGCCCGUCUUCACCAUCCCCCCGCCGCUGGGCAGGCUCUUCCGGAAGGUGGGCCGGCUGCUGCUGGCCCAGUGCUGGCCACCCUGCCCCUUCACUCCCAUGGAGGCCUCAGGUCCAGGAGAAGAUGGUUCCGACCCUGACUCCAUGGAGUGGGGCAGUGAGGCCUCCUUGUCAGAGAGCAGAGUUCUGUGCCCCGAGCGCCCCAUCCACCUGCUCACCCAGGGGACCCUCCGGAGUGACCCGGCAGGGCCCGAGCAGAGCCCGAGGCAGGAGGUGGAGGCGGCCAUCAGAAACCUGCGGCUCUGCCUGGACUCCGGCCCCCCAGGUAGGGCAGCACAAGAGACCCUGAGAAGCUGGGAGCAGCAGAGGCCCGCCUUCCUGGGCCCAGCGUCCCGGCUGCCGGACUUCCCCAGGUUUCCCACUGCCGCCCCGGCUCCUCUCCUGGGAUGGGAUCCAGGGUCCCACAUGGCCUUGAGUGGUUUUUAUUUUUUAACACGAAACCCUGGGAAUGAAAUAAAGCAGAGCCUCAGAGUGUUUCGGACCUUACACGUCGGCCGGGUUCGCUCACGUCCAGAGGCAGCCUGGCCCCGGCGCCCCGCUGUCCUCCCUCCCCGAGGCAAGAGCAGAUUUCCUCCUCCUUGGGCUUCUCUCCCGUCUCCUGUGCCUCGGCUGUCCCUCCACCGGCCCUCCUCCAGGGCCCCUGCUCACUCCGCUUCGUCCUCGUGCCCAGCCGUGCAGGACCCCCCAGGAGAGCGGCGGCCCGUCCGCUGGGCCCCCGAGUGGGUGGAUUAUUCCAGCAAGUACGGCUUUGGCUACCAGCUGUCAGAUGGGGGCAGCGGCGUCCUGCUUCGGGAUGGCACCCACAUGGCUCUGCGCCCCCCGGGGGGGUAAGUCGUGGAGUUCCUAUCCCCCUGGGGGCCAGGCCCUCCCCACUGCCUUUCUUGUCAUUC